AUCCGCCAUUAUUGCCUUUUCCUUCCCUUCGUUUCCACACUAGACUGCCCUAGAUAAAAAGUUUUUGCAAUAAUAACUAGAAUGCUUGGAAAUGAUUUCCCACCAAAUUGAGGCACUUUUCCAACGUUCUAAAACAACCAUCCAUCUUCUCCAACUUCAUUCUCUAAUCAUCAAAACAGCCCUUCAUCACGACGAGUAUCGUUUCUCCCAGUUCAUAUCAUUCUCUUCUUCAAUAUCACUCCAAUUCACCCGUACGAUUUUUCAUAAUUCUCCCAUUAUUCCAUCAAUCUUCGCAUGGAACACGAUGAUGAGAGCAUAUUCCGUAAGCUCCUCUGAAGUAGAGUCUCUAAAGCUCUUUAACCAGUUUCGAGAAAUUGGAUUAAAACCAGAUAAAUUCACGUUCCCUGUUGUGCUAAAGGUUUGUGGGCAUUGUUUGAUGAUUGGAACUGGUGGGUCGUUGCAUUCAAUGGCUGUCAAGUCAGGUUUCGGAUCAGAUUUACAUGUGAACAAUACCCUUUUGAGAAUGUAUGCUGGAUUUGGUGCCAUCAGCUUUGCAAGACUAGUGUUUGAUGAAAUGCUUGAGAGGGAUAUAGUUUCUUGGAGUUCUAUGAUGGCUGCUUACGUUCAUUGUAACUUGCCUUCAGAUGCUCUGCUCCUGCUCCAAUACAUGAAGGUAGCAAAUGAAAAACCGAAUUAUGUCACUUUGGUUAGCUUGCUGGGGGCAUGUACUCGUAUCCUGAAUAUCAGAUUAGGUAAAUGUAUUCACUCACACAUUGUUACCAGUGGUAUUGAACUACAUGUUGAAUUGGAAACAGCCCUCCUGGACAUGUAUGCAAAAUGUGGCCAUAUACAGCAGGCUUUCCGCAUAUUCAAUUCAAUGGGUGAUAAAAAUCUGCAGACCUGGACCAUCAUGAUUUCUGGUCUUGCUGAUCAUGGUCAUGGAGAAGAAGCUGUGUCCUUGUUUGCCAGAAUGGAAGAAUCUGGCUUUAGGCCGGACAGCUUAUCAUUUUCUGCAAUCUUAUGUGCUUGUAGUCAUAUUGGCCUUGUUGAUGCGGGUCGUGAAUAUUUUGAAAAAAUGGUAAGUAUUUAUAACAUCAGGCCAACUAUGGAACAUUACGGAUGCAUGGUGGACAUGUUUGGACGUGCUGGAGAGUUAGAAGAAGCUUAUGAUAUUAUAAGGAGCAUGCCUAUAGGGCCUAAUUCUGUGAUAUUGAGAAGUUUCAUUAGUGCUUGUAAGCAUCAUGGUCGUAUUCCUUGCACAGAAGAAAACAUAAGAGAUAUUCUCCUCAAAAUAGAGCCUGAUCUUGGAUCAAACUAUGUACUUGCAUCCAGUUUGUCUUAUCUUUCUGGUUAUUGCAGUGAUGCGAACAGCCUAAGAUCGGUUAUGAAAGCGAAAGGGAUAAAGAAAUUUCCUGGCAGCAGUUGGGUGCAGUAGCUUGGUAGUUCUGCAGAAGAAAGUAAUUGAAGGAUCUGGCAGUAAUGUUUCUGUUUAUGCCAAUAGAAGAGCAAUUCAGAUCACAGGAAUGAAGCCACUGUUACAUUCCAAAGACAAGAAAGAGCACUAUCAAUGGUGGAGGAAAAUGAAUUCCUUCUGUUUGGGUAAUGCCACCAGGCUGAGGUGCAAGUUUAGGGGAGCUGUUGCUUUGACCAUUGGAAUAGGGUCAUACUGAAAUUCUCUAACAUUCGCAUAAUAUGAAAUCACUUGAAAAAUGAAGAUUACAUUGAGCAGUGAUUUUGAUCUUAUCUCUUGGGAUAUGACAUUUGAGAGGAACUCCACAAAUUGGUACACUUCUGGAAGAGGAAAAGUCGUGCUCUGUGUACUCUGUAUCUGUCAAUACUCCAUGCCCUUCACAUUCUAUGAUUUUGGUAUGAUUAAGCUUUUCUUAGAACACUUAAAGUGAGGUAAUCUUUGGAUAUUUAUCACAAUGGAAGAGAACCGCUUGACUGAAAUCCAUAUUCAGUAUUCAAUUAAUGUUCUUCUUGUCUCAUCUGCUUAGACUUAAGGAUCCAUUCAUUUGUAUAAUGCUGUUAGUGACAAUGUCAGAUGAACCUAUCUCAGUGGAAACCUCUUCGCUGUGUAUUAGAUCACUUGGAUAUGAAAAAGAGCUUCCUAUUCAUGGUUCAAGAACAAUAUGCAGUUCUGGAUGCUAAUGUAUUUCAUCUGAGAUUAUUCAGCACUUAAAAUUAUUGGAAGCAGCUGGCCUGCGAUCUCAAGCUGGUCCUGUCUUGUUCUCAAUCAUUUGAAGACUUUUCCUCUUUCGAAUGGUGAUGAUCCUUAUAUGAGGUGAGACAUGCAAAGUUAUUUAUGCAUGUUAGAAGGGUUGAGCUAGAUGGGACGUGGAGAAACUGAUCUAUCAACAUGGAGAACCUGACAUCUGAUGCAGCGGCGUGAAGAAAUUGGAGAAUCGCUACAAGGUAACUCUAUAUGUUAGAAUGGAGUUCUAUCCAGAAGUAAAAACAAUCAGCAAAUUUCUGACCAAACAUUAUCAUUGUUUAGCAUGGCAUAAAUUCAGUUCUCCUACUAUUGAUAUGCUGUAAUAUUGUUUUUGUCCUUUGGAGGCAUGCAUGGCAUAAGUCGGAUUGAAGCA